AUGGCAAGGAUUGAUAAGCGCCAGAACAAGGAAGAAGAAUGUUCUACCCUGUACAAUACUCAGGAUGUUGACACGCUCCGAGCUGAGAUGGGCGCGUAUCACCUGCAGUACGUGCAAGAUGCGGUCAACGACGCGGAAGAGGACAAGCGGGGCGCAACACAUGGCUUGGCCGAGUGUCUGCGCACGGAGAUGGACAAAGUUAUCGAUAAGCUGUCGGGUGCACUGCGGCCACUAUUACUCAAAGUGCUGAGUGCCCAAAUAGCUGAAGAUUAA